AUGAAAAUACCAAAUAGACAAAAAUUUACAAAAAAUCAUAAAAGAAAUUUAAUAACAAAAGAAACAAGAAAAACAGGAUUAGUAUUAGGAAACUAUGGAAUAAAAGCCACAGAAACAGGAUAUUUAAAAAUGAAACAAAUGGAACGAAUAAAAGGAGAUUUAGUAAAAAAAUUAAAAGAUAAUAUGGAUAUUUAUUUUAAUUUUUAUCCUUUAUUUGGUUUAACAAAUAAAGGAACAGCACGUAUGGGAGCAGGAAAAGGAGAAGUAUCGGAAUGGUAUGUUUUAGUAAAAAAAGGAAGCAUAGUAGUCGAAUUUAUAAAGUCACGAAUGACUGCAGGAGCAAUGCAGAAAGUAAUUCGUUAUAGUGCAAAUAAAUGGCCAAUCAAAGUAAGAAUGACACAAAUAAAACAGGGAUUAUAUGAAAAAAAAAUAUGA